AUGGAACAACAGCAAGAGCUGCCGUCAAAGCGAUCGCGUGAAUCUGACGAGACAACAGCAACGACACAACAGCAAAACAAGAAACCAAAAUCAGCUCCUCCAACAAUCCCCAUUUCACGAGGCAAAUUCAAGCAACGAUGGCUAGCAAAGCAUUCAAGUUUAUUGAAACGAAGCGACAGCGCAAGUGGUGUCAUGGUCAGCUGCAAUAUUCACGCAGAGACACGUGCAUUGGGACAAAUACAAAACAUGUUGGAAGGCACUAUUACACCAUUGUUUCCUGGGCAUGAGAUCACAUGGGAACGCUUUGAAGGAGACUUUGAAGUUGAAGAAAACAGCAACAACAACAACAAUGAGGAGUCGUCAUCACCACCAUCCAAAGCUGUUGAAGGACGCAAAGAUAAACGAUUCCAAGCUGUGGAUGCUGCUUGUGGAGGAUUGAUCUUUUAUCGAUUUCGCAUCAACGUUAAGCCUACCGAUUAUGUUACACGACUGAUGGAUCACCUUCGUGCAUUACCUGAAGAAGAACAAAAACAAGAAUUGCACAAGAUACGCCAUUGCUCGCGAUGGCUGCCUUUGGAUUAUCUGUGCCCAGCAACAGACGAUCGAAUGACCCGUUGUUUCCAAGAUCGCGUCUUUAUGGAACGUUUGGAAGGACUUGAAAAGGGUACAUCCAUUGCCAUUGUCACUGAGAUCCGCAACAACCAAACAUUCAAAAAGGAUACCAUCAUCAAGAUUCUUGAUCCUCUCAUUCCAAAGGACAAGUUCAAAGUGGAUCUCAAGAACCCAGACCUGGUUAUUUUUGUCACAGUGUUCAAGAGUGUAUGCGGUAUGAGCAUUUUGCACGACUAUUACGCAAGAAAAAAGUACAACAUCUUGUCCUACGUGGAGGCUGCAUCCAAAGAAGACAACGACCAAAAGCAAUGA